AUGGCCAGCCACCAGCAGAAAGCUACCGGUCACGCUGAGGAGGCCCGUGGGCAGCUUGGAGCGGGCGCUGAGGAAGCUCGCAAGGCCACUCAGGCGAAGAUGGAGCAGGGCAGGCAGGGUCUUUCGGAGACCGGGCAGCAGAUGAAGGACACCUCGGGACGCGCUGCCGAGACUGCUCGCGAGAAGUCCGCGCAAGCUGGUGAUGUUGCGGGGAGGAAGAUGGAGGAGACGAAGCAGGGUGCCUCUGAAGAGCUUGAUCGUGCCCAGGAAAGUGCUCAGAAAACGUGGGAGCAGACCAAAGAGAGCACUGCUCAGGCCACUGAGCAGGCGAAGCAGACGGCAGGAGAAACCGCCCAGAGGACGCAGGAGGCAGCUCAGGGCACUGUAGAUAAGACCAAGGAAAUGGCUAGCCGCGCCGCUGAGUCUACCCAAGAGACGGGAAAGGGUGCAGCUGAGCAGUCAAGGAUUGCGGCUGAAGAGGCAGCUGCAAAGACCAGGGAGACUGCUCAGGCCGCUCAGCAGUCCGUCACAGAUACUGUGAAGGGCAUGGGAGAACGCCUGUCUGAAAUGGCUCAGUCUGCUAAGGAGGCCCUGGGCCUGCAGGGUGAGCAGGCACCACCAGCUGCAACUGAUGUCACCACUGAUGUCCCCACUGUCAGGGGCAAGGAGCUGUGA